AGACGAAAAGAAAGCAGAUGCCGCAAAGUGUGCGCCGCUGGGGUUGGGCAGCCUCGGCCGGGCCAGGCGAGGUACGGACCCGGGCUCCCUUUCCGGCGUGAGGCUGGGGUGGGGGGGCGUCGGGACCCUCCACCACGCCAACGGCCAGUCCGCACGGUGGGGCACGAAGGGCGCUCAGCGAGCAAGGUAAAUAAACACACAGGAAUAAAGUGGCUAUCUAUGUUCAGUGAAACAUGAAAAUGGCCAGUCCUUUAAGAGGGGAAGUACUGAAUCUUUACAAAAAUCUGCUGCACCUGGGAAGGGAAUAUCCCAAAGGAGCAGACUACUUUAGAAGCCGUUUGAAGGCAGCUUUCCUAAAAAAUAAGGAAGUGAAAGAUCCUGAACAAAUUAAACAACUAAUUGCUCAAGGAGAAUUUGUUAUAAAAGAGUUAGAGGCCCUGUACUAUCUGAGAAAGUACAGAGCUAUGAAACAGCGCUACUACAAGGAUGACAAUGAGUGAUCUAUAGCAUGGUUGAGUAUUCACAUGUAAUAAUACAGGCUUAAGUAAUUAGGAUGAAUGAAUAAAACAGAAAGAUUCUCUCAAAGGCAAUGAAAUGCAAGCCAUCUGAAGUACAUGGGCAUAUCACAUCUGUAACUACUUCACUGUAUUUCAAGGGGUUACCUAAAUGAUUUGGCUAUCAGGAGUAUAACAGCCAUGCAGGUGUAAUUUUAUAGUGACAGCUCAGAUAGUUGCUUAGUUGUUCUGUUCCUCCCUGAACUGAAGCUCAAUUUGUACAAAAAAAAAAAUGCUCUUGUAGAAAUUGCUCUUAGUGUGAGCCUCUUCCUUUCUCCCAUCAUUAAACUUACUGAACAGUGAGCUCUUUGUAGAUUUAAAACUGAAAAGAUACAAGUUUUUAAUAUUGACCCAAAUUUCAUUUGCUCUUUAAGAGGCUUUGUUAAAUUUUUUUUUUUGAUUUGGAAGUUAUGCAUAAUGUGUGUGUCCUGGUCAAACUAAGGUUGAAAGUCAAAUUAAUUAAAAAAAAAUGUUUGAGAAUGA